CGCUCUUGUUAUUGUUGCACUCCAUUAAUACAAAUUUAGUGGAUGUUUUAUCAUAUUUAGCUCGUAAAUAUAACUAUUGACACGGCUCUUGCAAACUUCAUGUCAAUGGCAAACCCCAAAAUUCGGUAGUGUUCGAAAUAUGCGCAGAUCGUUUAACCAUAAACUGAUGUUCAAACAUGUAAACUCAUAUAUAAAAGAGUCUGGUUUUUUAUUAUUUUAAUGAGAAACGUGAAGCUUUGACCGUCGCCAGGGAAUUGCAUCUGUUGCUCAACGAACAACAGCAACAACAACCCACCGAUGCGACAAGCGGCAAUGUUUUCAUGCCAAAAUUGCACGCUGCCUUUGCUGCUGCUGCUGCUGCUGUCUGGACACGCAUGCGCACGCCCAGAGCAGUUAUUGCUGCCGGCAUCUGCUACGGAGCAGGCCCAAUCCCUGCCAGUGGCAGGCGAGAACACAUCCACGCCAUCACCAGCUGCUGCCCCUGAGCUCAAGCGACCGCCGCCAGCUGAUGGAACAGUCAGCACAACAGCCUCCCCGGCAGCCGCUGCUGAGCCGCAGAAGCCACAACUGCCGGUGCAGGCAGCUGCAGACACCGGAAGCGAGUCUGCAGGCGGACCAGGUGCGGAAGCAGCCACUCAGCCCGCCAUUAUCAACGUGCCGAUCACGACAUCACGCGCUGCAGCGCCCGAACUACCUGAAUAUCUGAAGAAUUGCUUCUAUGCCGAGGAAGAGUUAUGCCUUAAUUGGCAUCGUCAAGAUAUUGGCAGUGACGAUGCCGGCGUCGGCAAUGGCGCAGCUGCAGAGAGCAGCAACAACAACGGCCAGGCAGAGCCCACCGAUGCGCUCUCUUCAAAUAGCUCCAACUCAUCCAGCCUGACUCCUCAUGGCAAUGGCAGUCAGGGGCCACCUAGUCACCCAAAUCCCCAGAGUCGUGACAUAAAUAGCUGCCCAUGUCGGGCGCAUCCAGUGCGUGCUAAUUCCUGGUACUGUUGCAACAUAACGCAAAUCACGAUGAUCUCAAGCUGUAGCAACAUACUCAACUGGACAAAUCUGCAUGUACGCAACCUCAGCGCGCCGUUAAUGGAUUUGUCCAACUCCAUUUAUCGGUCGCUCCAAUCGCUCGCCGUCACCGACGGCAAUAUCAGUCAACUUAUCAAUGGCUUCCCGCGCCACAGCUCGCUCAAGUGCCUCAACAUAUCCAAUAAUAAUAUUGAGGAAAUUGAAUCGAGGGCCAUCAAGGAUGUGCCACAUUUGGAGUUCUUCGGUAUUGCUCAGAACAAUUUAUCGCGUGUGCCGCAUCGCAAUCAAAACAAAAACAUUGCCCUAGACAUUAGCGGCAACCAAGGCCUGCUCUGUGAACCCCUCAACGAGGUCAUCUACAGCGACUCCUUUAACUUUGUCAAUCCCGAGAACUCGUUCUGUCUGUACAAUGCCACGCAUAAGUGGUUCAACUCCACGGAUUACAUGUCCAUUAAGCAGCUGGAGCGAAACAAACAGUGCGGUACCAAAUGCCCGGUAAUACCCAACUUUGGAAACUGCACCUGCAAGUCUGAGAGGAUUAUGAUCGUGCAGGGAGAUCAAUCGAAGCCCAUUUGUCAUGUGGACUGUUCGAAUUUGGGUCUAGUGGAGCUGCCGGCCAAGCUGCCGGACAACACAUUCACCCUGAACAUAACUAACAACAAGAUCAGAAGUCUGGGCGAUCACUUCCACACAAAUCCCACAUAUCAUAACAUUGCCAAAUUGAUGGCAGACAACAAUCAGAUCUCGUCGAUAUACGAGUUCGAGGGCACCAAGUUCCUUGAGCACUUUCAGCGUAUCUACAUGAGGAAUAAUUCUCUGAGCAAGAUUCCUGAAUAUUUUUUAAACAAUGCGCUAAUGGACACCGAUAUUGGACGUCGCAUCUAUUUAGGCGGUAAUCGGCUGCAAUGCGAUUGCAACUCGGCCAAGACGCUGCAGAACUGGCUAAAGGAGCGCAGCACUGACAUACCAGACUAUAUGGAGAUACGCUGUCGCAACCUACCCCAGAGUGUCAUUGAGUUGCAGGAGACGAAGCUGUGCCAAUCGCCGCCAGACUGGACCGACUAUAUUUAUUAUCUGAUUGCGGCCGAGGUCUUCCUUCUGCUGGCAUUGAUCACCAAAGUGUCAUACGAUUAUUGGGUGUUCAAGACAGCUGGCUAUCUGCCUUGGCCGGCCAGCAAGAUGCCCAAACUUCCUUGUGACUGGCUGUGCGAGUCCUAGGCGAGCAACCAUAUGCGCUUGAUAGCGAGUAAUACAUGUGCCUUCUAUAUACCCCAAGCUCUAGUGUUACGACACUUGUCUAAAAUGUCGCUUGAAUAGGAUAUUUAUAGGUUAUUUUCACUGUUAACACUCCUAACACUUUAUUUAACGCUUAAGUCUGCUCGAAAACUAAAAGUUCUUUAGGUCUUUUCCAAACACACAGAAGAUACGUUGAAAGUGCAAUAGCAGCUAAAUGAUAUAGUUGGCCGAUCUAUGUCUAAUCGUUUUGACAGCAUUAGGUAUAAUAAAUGAAUUUAUAUAUACCCAAUAAUAUCAAAUAUCUUGAACAACAAAUCGUGUUUUCAUGCAAAGACUCUGUUUUAAACUCAUUAAAGCAGCCCGAUUAAGUUGGUUCUGACUAGUUUCAGCUUUAAAUGGAGUAUUGAUGAAUUGACAUGAUCAUUACAUUUGGCCUUCUUGGCCUAAGUAUAGGCUCAUGCAAAGGCCUCUGCCAUAUCUAUCUAUUCUGAUCAUAUUGAAUCGUCUCUUUGUGCGGACUGCCAUACUUUAUUCUAAACAGCUUCUCACUUAAGUUACGAACAUUAUAGAAGCACAGACUUCACAGUUCCACUAUCAUUAUUUUAUAAGUGGUUCGGUUUGGUUUGGGGAUCAUCCACCAAUUUGUGCGAAAUUUUGAUAUUCCUCAUAUUCAGUUUAAAAUAAACAUAUGUAUAACAUAUCCGUAAAAACCAGUUCUGAAAAUUGUAUGUAUUGUGAAGAAGAAGAAAUUUGUCAUGCUAUGAUUGAAUAUUGGUUUUUAAAACUACAUUAUGAACUGAAAUAAAGCUUUCCAACCAAUUAAAUAAACUGCUGUACAUUAAAACAUUUAUUAAGAAUUUUCAGAAUUGGGAGAACGCCUGAUAAUAUUUAAUUGAAAAACAAGUGUCUUACCACCAUUAGGAUACAAUAUGUUGCUUUAUAAGAUAUAACAAGUGUAUCAUUUUUUUUAACAACUUUUUUUUAUGCGUAUGUAUCGUAAUAAAUGGAAAUGCCAAACUAA